CAUUCCUGACAUUCCGAUCCGCGCUGUCGAAACCGCAGCACGCACACUCUCUCACUCACACGCACACACAUGCCCGCAAACACGUACACUACACACGCACACUGACAUGAGCGGAUAUUAUACACUCGGCGUAGAGCGCGAGCGCGGGCGCGUGCGCACGUAUAUGCCGCAGUGACGUUCCCCAGCCCCGCGGGACACCACAACCGAAUCCGUUUGAGAACAGGUAAGUCCUCCGGUCGGGAUCGUCGUGUGUAUUCAAAUCGAUUACACCAAAACUGCACUGUCGUCGGCAUAAUAAUAAUAAUAAUAAUAAUAUUAUUAUUGUUAUCGUUAUCGUUACUUCUUCUACUGCUGCUGCUACUGUCAUCAUUUGUCGCCGAUAGUUUUUUUUUCCGCGGUUGUCGCGCGAUCGUCGCAUAAUCCUAUCCGUUGCGGUGUAUAACGAUCGAUUCAAUAACAUAUUAUUACAUCGCAAGCGCCGUCGAGGUGUUCACAUUCCGGUCGUCUCUCUGCAGCAGACGGCGAAGACAAGGACGCGCGGAAAAUGGAAAGCGAAUCGCCGUUAGAAGUGCUGUCCAGAGCGGCCACGAUGUUACACAGGGAGGAGACGGCAGCGGCCGCUGCUGCGGCUGUGGUGGAGUCGUCUUACGCCACCAAUCAUUCGAGGGCGCUGUCACUGAGAUGUUCGGCGAUGGAAGGAACCGUCGGCACUGUCGGAAAAUGGAAGAGAGAGAGAAGACACAGGGCCGUCUGCACGUCACCCGUAUCACCAACUCCGACGCCUUUCAGAAACUCUCAAGAACCGUUGGAUAUGACGACGACGGCCGGUUCCAGGGCGAUGCCCAAAGAACGGGCUUCAGUGAUCAUGGCGUCGCCGGCCACCGGGCACAGAGCACCGUCGGCGGCGGCGACAGGCGGCAUUAGCGAUCCAGUUAUCGACGAACAUUUCAGGCGGUCCUUGGGCAAAGACUACAUGAACGUGUUCGCGCCGGCCGCCGCGCAACGACAACAGCAACAGGCUCCGGAAACAGCCGCCGCCGCACCAUCGACCGACGGUGAAGAUAACAACGCAGGAUUAUCAGCGGUUGACGAUCAUUUCGCCAAAGCUCUGGGCGACACGUGGGUAAAGCUGCAAAAAGAAGAAUACCAAAAAAAGAGAAAAGAGACAGCGACCGCCGCCGCUGAUGGCAGGCAAAAAGUGAACGUAUACGCGGCGUGAGGGAGAAACCCGACAGGAAAAACAGAACAAAAAUGAGAUAAUUUUAGGGGAUUUGUGUUAUAUUUAUAUUAUAAGUGCAGCAGGAGCAGCCGGAUGUGCGCCCGGCUUCGGGACGGUGGGCUAACCUGCGUAGACUACUAUUUUAUGUAUAUGAUUUUAUUCUUUGUACACUUUAAACUUUGUAAAUAAAGAAAAAAAUAAGUA